AGUUUUGAUCUUCGUGUCAGUUCGGACCGACGAGAGCUGAAGAGAUAGCAAGAUCUGUGCAUCAAGUUUAUUGGUGCAGUGUAUUUGAGAUUAGCUGAGCUCAGGAGCUGCUUAGCUGUGCGUCCCGCACUUCUGGCGAAAUGUCUGCUUGAGAUGGAGACAACCAGUGACAAGCGUAAUGCGAACACCUGGAAGAUGUACUCCACAAGAUCUGUGCCUGGCAGAACGAUUCCUCUGAACGAACGGGUCAUGCCGACCAAACCUACCAGUCAAAGCGCCCACAGCUCAUUCCAGAACUUCCAAGAUGCCACGGAGGAUGCGUGGGACGUGGGAGAUGACGAAUUUUGUCACAUAUCAGAUAAAAAAGUCCUCAGUGUGAGUCCUCCAAGCUCGAAGCCGCCGUCGAUGAUUGUGAAAAAUAUUGUUGAUGGAAACCUGUGUAUUGCACUGCCGACUGUGACAGGGACUCGUCGACCCGGCAUAGCCGUUCGACGAGGGUCCGAUGGGUGGAAACCCUCGGUCAAAGCAUUCGAGCCUCCUCAGAGGAGAGGUCUGGAGCACAAAUUCCGGGAGAUACUGCAGUCUGAAACUCCUGAUCUAGAAAAACUCCGUACACUAAGUUGGAAAGGAAUACCGACGCAAGUGAGACCUCUUGUCUGGAAAAUUUUGUCGGGAUAUCUGCCAGUGAGCGCUGAUCGCCGGAGACCGGUCCUGGAUCGAAAACGUGAAGAGUACUUUAGUUAUGUACGGCAAUACUACGAUAACAGAUCCGAGGACCAGAUGCACCAGGAAACAUACCGACAAAUCCAUAUCGACAUACCUCGAAUGUCUCCCCUCGUUCCUCUCUUCCAACAGCCAGCCGUCCAGUUAAUAUUUGAGCGAAUCUUGUACAUUUGGAGCAUACGACACCCGGCAUCUGGUUAUGUGCAGGGUAUGAAUGACCUCGUGACCCCGUUUUUCGUCGUGUUCCUGUGUGAGCUCACCUCGCCGAAGGAGGAUGUAGAAGUGUUCGAUGUCGCAAAAUUAUCCCAAUCGGAUCUUCACCAAAUCGAGGCGGAUUCGUAUUGGUGUAUGUCGAAGCUGCUCGAUGGCAUCCAAGAUAACUACACUUUCGCUCAGCCCGGCAUCCAAGCGAAGGUCAACACACUCCGUAUUCUUAUGCAGCGAGUUGACAAGCCCCUCUUCGAUCACCUUGAAGCACACGGGAUUGAAUUCCUGCAAUUCACUUUUCGAUGGAUGAACAAUCUUCUGAUGCGAGAGCUGCCACUGAGGUGCACUGUGAGGUUGUGGGAUACCUACCUCUCUGAAGGCGAUACCGGCUUCUCGGUCUUCCAUUUGUAUGUGUGUGCGGCGUUCCUCAAGCACUUCUCCAAGAGUCUGAUGAUGGAACGAGAUUUCCAGGGUCUGAUGCUCCUGCUCCAGAAUCUCCCGACUGCGAAAUGGGGUGAUACCGAAAUCACGAUGUUGGUCGCUGAGGCCUACAAUCUGAAGUACAUGUUCAAUGACGCUCCGAAUCACCUCGUGACGGGAUCGAUUUGAUCAGUCCUCAAUGCCGUCCGAGGGCUGCAAUAUUCGGGGAGUGGAAUACAAUUGUUGUAUAUAAAUGGACAGUGCUCUAUCUACAUGCGUAUAAUUAAAUGAUUACACUUUUGCAAACAAUAUAUCUGGAUUACAUCGGUGAGAGUCAGGACCAUAGUAGAACAGAAUGUUUGCGUGCGAGUGAUGGAGAAUCACCGUUGAACGACUGCUUCCUUUUGUA